AGCAGAGGAUUCUCCAGAAGGAUUUAAACAAAUCUGCAGAGCUGGCGACCGAGAAAGUUCUCGGAAUGUGGUGGGAUACGAUCAGCGAUACCUUCACGUUUAAGAUUCCUAAGCGGUGUUGCCAGGAGCUUCUUUCCGGAGAACAAGUUCCCACCAAGCGGGAAGUACUACGCAUUCUUAUGUCAGUUUAUGACCCUCUUGGACUCCUCGCGAAUGUGCUGAUGUACCUUAAAGUCCUACUACAAGAGAUCUGGAUUUCCAAGAUUGGCUGGGACGAGCCGAUCCACGAACAACACCAAGAAAAGUGGAGAAUUUGGCUCAGUGUACUGCAUAAAGUUGACACAGUAUCUAUUAACCGGUGCUACCGCACGUUGACCUCUUCGUCAACCGUGAGCAACGUAGUCCAGUUGCACGUUUUCGUCGAUGCAAGUGAGAAAGGGUAUGCAGCAGUCGCCUACUUUCGGUUCGAGGAGAGAAAUACUAUAGAGUGCGCUUUCGUCACGGCCAAAACACGCGUCGCUCCCCUGAAGUAUAUGUCGAUUCCACGAUUAGAACUUCAAGCAGCAGUAAUUGGUACGAGGCUAGCGAAGAUGAUAGGAGACACUCAUAGAAUUCCAGUACGCGAGCGGUUCUUCUGGUCCGACUCUAGAGACGUGCUCUUCUGGAUACGUUCUGAUCACAGGAGAUUCGACAAAUUUGUCGGCGCCAGAGUGGGAGAAAUUCUAGAAAACAGUGAAGCAUCCGAGUGGCUAUGGAUACCGACAAAGCUGAACGUGGCUGAUGAAGGUACGAAGUGGCAGAAGAUCCCUGACCUCUCUCCAUCGAGCCGAUGGUUUGCCGGCCCGGAUUUCAUGUGGCAGCAACAAAGCUCCUGGCCAGCGCAGCCGAGGGACCAUGAAGGAACUAUCGUCUCAGUCAACGCGCACGCAAUCUACGAACCCGUUCUCAACUUCACCAAAUACUCCAACUGGCGGAAGCUUAUACGGAUCACUGCGUAUGUUCUCCGGUUUGUGGGUAACCUGCGUACCAGACUCCAAAGGCAACAAUCAGUCAAUGGUAUACUCAGGCAACCAGAGCUUAUUGAAGCGGAACACUGUAUCUACCGUCAAACUCAGCUGGACGCAUACGGCGAAGAAAUAACACUUCUACGAAGUGCCGCGAAGGAAAAUGGAAAUAAGGGAAUACCUAUACCUAAAAGCAGUUCACUCUACAAGCUUUCGCCCUUCCUCGACGUCCACGGAGUGCUACGCACGAAAGGAAGAACUAGUGGUUGUCAGUAUGUUGAUGCUGAUGCAGUCCAUACUAUCGUGCUACCGAGAGAGCACCCGAUUACAAUGUUAGUGGUGCAAUUCACCCAUGAGCGCUACCACCACCUCAAUCACGAAACAAUUGUUAACGAACUGCGCCAAAAGUAUUGGAUCCCUCGACUCCGUAAUGUCUGCAACAAGGUGCGUCGACAGUGCCAGCAUUGCAAGAACGCUAGGGCUCAACCGCAGCCGCCUAUUAUGGCCGAUCUCCCUCCAGCUCGGCUAGCUGCUUAUUCUCGACCGUUCUCUUUUGCUGGGAUCGAUUAUUUCGGGCCAAUUCAAGUCGUCGUGGGAAGGCGUAUCGAGAAGAGAUGGGGCGUGCUAAUUACGUGCCUGGUAGUACGCGCUAUCCACAUAGAGAUCGCACACUCGCUCAACACUAGUUCCUGCAUCAUGGCCUUGCGGAACUUCAUGGCUAGAAGAGGAGUCCCGUUGGAGCUGUUUAGCGACAGGGGAACGAAUUUUGUCGGUGCCAAUCGCGAACUGACCGAAGCUGUUCGACUCCUGGACCAUGAUCAGCUGAUGCAGGAAUUUGUGACACCGGAUACCAAGUGGACUUUCUUGCCUCCAAGCAGUCCACACAUGGGUGGAAGCUGGGAAAGGCUGGUACAGUCGGUGAAGAAGAUCUUAGGCAAGAUGCAGCUUCCGAGAACUCCAACCGACGAGGUCCUUCGUAACAGCCUGAUGGAAGUUGAAUGCAUAAUAAACUCCCGCCCCCUCACCUACGUUCCUAUUGAUGAUGCCGAGCACGAAGCAUUAACCCCUAAUCAUUUUUUGUUGGGUUCUUCCGGAGGUUCAAAACCGUUGGUCGCAUACGAUGAUAGCCCCGCUACGCUGGUGAACAACUGGCGAACUUCGCAAAUCUACGCCAAUAUCUUUUGGAGGCGUUGGUUGCGAGAAUACUUGCCAACAAUAAGUCGUCGAACAAAGUGGCACUACCCAACGAAACCUAUAGAAAUCGGUGACGUAGUGAUCAUCGCCGAUCCGGAUCUACCAAGAAACUCGUGGCCAAAGGGCCGCGUUUUGGACAUAAGCUGCAGAAAUGGCCAAGUGCGUAGCGCCACCGUGAGGACACCGAAUAACAUCUAUAUACGCCCUGCAGUGAAGCUUGCGGUGCUGGACGUCGGUGCAACCAAGAAUACACAAGCUUGUGAACCUGAAGCUUGUGUACUGGGGGGGAUUGUUGCGCAAGCUGCGCAAAGCACCUCCGAGCCCAUUGUGCUUCUACCUUCAGCAACACUCAAUGCAGGUUGUGUGGAACCAACUGAAAAUGGAUCAAAUCGAACACCAAUAGAUUAAGUGCAUUUCGUAAGCGGGAUACACCUAACACAAUCACGUACACGUAGCUAUAGGCAAAAAACGAUUUGUUUACAAUCGAGUUGAUAACUAUUUGCAAACUUAUUAACUAAAGCUAAUUUAACUUAUUGUAAAAAUUACGAACUAAUCCCGAUUAUUGAACUAGAACGGGCAUCAGUGAACUAGUGCUAAAAGUUAUAGAUCACAGCUAGGUGCUAUUUAAUCACAGUAAGUGUUUAAUCACGGAUUAGUAUCUGCAGCUAGGACCGCCUAUCAUAAAUUAAGCUAGGUAUAGCAGAAGCAACCGUACGAGACCGCUUUCCGGACGUAACGGAUAAAAGAAACACUAAACGUAAGUAAAAUAAUUACAUCGUUUGAAUAGUCGAAUUAAAGUAUUUCCUAUGUUUCUAUCGUAUGCAACAAUUUAUAGGGAAAAUUUAACAUACAAUUUAAAAUACAAUAAAGACAACGUAUUCGUG